GCUGAAAUGUCAAUCUCAAAAUCGAGAAGUUCGCUCGCGCGUUUUAGAGCUGCAGGAGAUACAAGCGUGCUCAAGAUUCAUUUUAUUUCGCUAUGCGUGUCUCACAAAGUUUGCACUUUCUUUUUUUCGGAUAUUACUUCCAAACGUACGUCGCUAGGUGGCAGGACAAUAUCAAGUUUACAAAAUUAUUAAUGACCGUCGAAUUAUAGGCAAGCUAAUAAAACUUUUCCAGCUGUUCCUUGUGCCUUCAACGAUUCUGUACGCGAAGCGUUAAGUAACAAUAACAAGAUGGUGACACUCAUCUGGAUAGAAGUAUAAGCAAAUACAUACGUAGUAUACUUAUUUACAUGUCGUACGUAUACGUAUGUAGUUUUGUAAAAUGGUAGAGAAAUUUUUGCGUGGCCGUUCAUGUGGUAGCUAUUCAUGUACACUUUGUCGACGUAUGUAUGUGUGCACAUGUACGGGAAUACGUAAAUGUAAAUGCAGAUAAUACAUAUACACGUAUAUAUUUUGAAUAUGCUUUGCCUGGAGAUGUAGUUAAAUUUGUCGGACGCACAGACGGUAAACGUUAUAGCAUUGUAGUACUGAACGACAAUUGGGAAAAAUGAUUUGUUUAUAGGCGCACCAACCCUACGGGUAUCGUUUCUAGGUAUAUUGUAAAUUACGAAAAAGAGUGUCAAGUUGGUGUAGGAAUGUGGCACUUCAAGAUGGCUGCCAGUUACUUUAGUAAUUUACGGCUGUAUCUUUCUUUGUUGUUGUUGAAGUAAUUACGGCCGCGUAUCGGAGUAGCGUAGAAUUAGUUUUAAGCGAAAAUAGUGAACCAAAAGUUGUACGUGCACGUUACCCUCGUUACGCGCGAUCUGUGAAAACGCGAUAAUAGAAUAUGCUUUGAAGUCGUUCUCCUCCUGCUGAUUGCCGUUUCAGUUAAACCUAUUUCAACAAAGUAUUUCUCAGCCGAUGUCCGGCCAAUUCCGAAGAAAGUGUGCGCUACCGAAUCUCGUUUCAUGCACGAAGGACUUAGGAUCGAUCCGUCACGCAUCUAAUGAAUAGGUUAGAUCCUUGAUCGAACAGAGCAUUAUGUACAGACGACAGAGUGAAUCGAUCGUACGAGACCCAUAACGUCUCUACGCGAGAGACCAGUAAUUCGAACGAUUUACGAUAUAGCAGCCUAAUUAACGGGAGAUCAAUCGUAAUCGAAAUCGUACAGUCUUACCUGACGGUGACUAACGAGUAUCUUAAUACGCGAGACUCGUCGUAACAUCGAUGUUAGUAGAACGCGUAACUUGAUGUAUGUGUAUAUAUAUAUAUAUGUCACAGCCAGAUUAAAGCUAGGUCGGAGAGGGCCUAGCAUGGGCCACUAUGAAUCCACCCGCAGUUAACAAAUCGAGCACUCGUGGCUCUGGAUAUCAUCAGAAGGCUUUAGCCGAAAUUCGUAAUUCUCUGCUACCCUUUGCUAACAUCGGAGGUGCAGGGGACGUGGGUUCCAGUGCUGCCAGCACUAUAUCCACCUUGUCAACGACCAGCGGUAUCAGUUCCGCUUCGGGUCUCAGUGGUCUCUCCGGAGCCUCGGGUUCUACGAUCGAUAAAUCCGAUCAACGACAAUUGUUAUCGCAGUUGCUAGCAAUGGGAUACUCAGAGGAGAUCGCGUUACGCGCGUUGAAGUUGGCUGGUUGGCGGCUGGAUGCAGCUAUCGAAUACUUGAAGCAGGCCCAAGGGGAGACGCUGAACGGGCUCGGGAAACUGAACAGCAAAUUGAUAAGAAAGCCCAGCUUGGAAAGGGAGCUGAGCCUGCAGCGUGGAAGUCCGGCGUUGGACAGCGGAGCGGGAAGCUCGCGAUCGGACAGUCCGCGCUUGACCGAGCUGAGCCCGCAUCCGCAGUUGAGUCGCCAAUAUUCGCCGAGUAAUUUCGUCGAACGAGAACCACCUCCUCCUCCGCCGCCUAGAUGUAGUUCUACUCCGCCGCCGCCGCCUCCACCUCACGCGCCGUACAAUCAACCGAACGUGCCUACCAACAUGCAACAGAUGUUGAAGCGGAUGUCCCCCGCGCCGGUGGUGCCGACGCGGCCACCUCCUACCACGCCGGGCAACACCGGCCCGAUUUCGACCUCGGUCAAUCUACCUCAGAGAGGUACGAGUCCGGUCGCGAGUUCUAACAACAAUUCCAACUGCCGUCAACCGAUGAUCGUGCAAAACGGACCGCAAGUACAGCAGCAACUCUCUCAACAGAUACAAGCGCUCAGUAUUUAUCAGACGGGCAGUAACCAAGCCAAUACUCAAGUCGAACCACCACCCCCUUAUCCCAUAGUCUCCUCGCCGUCUACCUGCCCGGUGCAACCACCGUCUUACAGUGCCUCGAUGCAAAACAGACAGAGCCCCACACAAUCUCAACAGGACUAUCGAAAGAGUCCCUCGUCCGGCAUCUAUUCCGGGCCAACGUCCGCUGCCGGUUCUCCGAGCCCGAUCACCGUCUCCGCAAUAUCGCCGAGCACGCAAGCCUCGAUGGCCAGACCGACCCCGUUACAGGCAUGGGGCGCGCGACAGGCGAAGACUCAACCACCGAUCAUCAUGCAGUCCGUUAAGAGUACUCAAGUGCAAAAACCUGUCCUACAAACGGCAAUCGCGCCGACUUCGCCACAGCCGAUUUCUACGACCAGUAACACACCUCCCCCGCCUCCGUCUUACGCAACUUCUAUCCAACAGAAGCAACAGCAGCAGUCGCAACAGCAGUCGCAGCAACAACAGCAGCAGCAGCAGUCGCAGCAGCAACAGCAACAACAGUCGCAGCAGUCGCAGCAGCAGCAGCAGCAGCAGCAGCAGUCGCAGCAGCAGUCGCCGCAGCAGCAGACGCCGCAGCAGCAGUCGUCGCAACAACCGCCGCCCGCGUACCCACCCGUGAACAACGUCGUCGCAACGUCAACGAACAGUAUCGGUGUUUCGGUGGGUGUACCGACCACGGAACCCCCUAGUUACGCUACAACGAUGCAAGCUCUGGCGGCCCAACGGGGCAUGCAUCAUCCUGUUCCUCCGCCUCCGCCGUAUGGCACGGCCGCUGCCGAAGACUCGGGGAUGGAAACGAAUACCCUUAGAUCGUCGCCGGUCGCGAUGCACCCUCCGUUACAGAGGAAAUAUUCACCGGCCGACCCCGUAGGAUGCCAGCAUUCUACGGAACCGCCGCCGUUGCCACCUCCCGCGGCGUCCGCCAUGCCCUCGAGACCGGGAAACGCUGGCAAUGGUAACAGCGGCAACGCGAACAGUGCAGGUAACAGCAGUAGCGGUAGUAACGGAAACGCUGGCACCAACAACAGCGGCGGUGGGAAUAUGAACAAUAACAGCGGCAGCAAUGGGAACAGCAUUAACAACAACGCUACCAACACCGCCGUAGCCACCAACAACAAUAACAAUAAUAACAAUAAUCAUUCGCCGGAGAGCAACGGGCCGAGAGGAACCAGUUCCUCGCCGUCGUCCUAUAAGAUCAAGCAUCAGUCUCCGAUACCGGAGCGCAAACACAUGAGCAAAGAGAAGGAGGAAGAGCGGAGGGAUUGCAAAGUUCGUAACUACUCUCCUCAGGCGUUCAAGUUCUUCAUGGAACAGCACGUUGAGAACGUGUUGAAGUCUCACAAGCAGCGGCUGUAUCGUCGGCUUCAGCUGGAGACGGAAAUGGCUAAGAUCGGGCUCAGCGCCGAGGCCCAGUGUCAAAUGAGGAAGAUGUUGUCGCAGAAGGAAUCGAAUUACAUUCGACUGAAGCGAGCGAAAAUGGACAAGUCGAUGUUCACGAAGAUCAAGCCGAUCGGGGUCGGUGCUUUCGGAGAAGUGACUCUCGUCAGGAAGCUGGACACGAAUCAGUUUUACGCGAUGAAGACUCUCAGAAAGGCGGACGUGUUGAAUCGUAAUCAAGUGGCUCACGUUAAAGCCGAGAGGGAUAUAUUGGCGGAGGCUGACAACGAGUGGGUCGUCAAACUGUACUAUUCCUUUCAAGACAAGGAUAAUUUGUAUUUCGUAAUGGAUUACAUACCCGGCGGUGAUCUGAUGUCGUUGUUGAUCAAGUUCGGCAUCUUCAAGGAACCUCUGGCUAGAUUUUACAUUGCCGAGCUGACGUGUGCAGUAGAAAGUGUUCAUAAGAUGGGUUUCAUCCACAGAGACAUUAAGCCGGAUAACAUUUUGAUCGAUCGGGACGGGCACAUAAAGUUGACAGACUUUGGCCUGUGCACAGGAUUCCGUUGGACCCAUAAUUCCAAGUAUUAUCAGCAAAAUGGACACGGAAAACAAGACUCGAUGGACCCGGCCGACGACUGGAAUAACGAGUGUCGUUGCAUUCAGUUGAAACCUUUGGAACGCAGAAGGCACAGAGAACACCAGAGAUGCUUGGCGCAUUCGCUUGUCGGAACACCGAACUACAUCGCACCGGAGGUGUUGCAGAGGACGGGAUAUACCCAGCUGUGCGACUGGUGGAGCGUCGGUGUCAUCUUGUAUGAAAUGUUGGUCGGGUCGCCGCCGUUCAAUGCCAACACCCCCGCCGAGACACAAUACAAGGUGAUCAAUUGGGAGACCACUCUGCACAUCCCGAAGCAGGCGAACCUCUCCGCGGAAGGUAUGGAUUUGAUAUUAAAAUUGUGCGUCGGCGCGGAUCGUCGGUUAGGUAAGAACGCGGACGAGGUAAAGAGUCAUCCAUUUUUUACGAGUAUCGAUUUUGAGAAGGGUCUACGCCGGCAAGUAGCUCCUCAUAUACCUCGGAUACAGUAUCCAACCGAUACUAGUAAUUUCGAUCCUGUGGAUCCCGACAAAUUACGAAACUCGGAAUCUUCCGAUUCCAACAAGUCCGACGAGUUGCUCGACAACGGGAAACCCUUUCACGGUUUCUUCGAAUUUACUUUUAGGCGCUUCUUUGAUGAUGGUGGUGGUCCCGCGUAUCCUAGUCGAAUAAGCUUGGACGAUAACGAUAAUCAAGGUCCGGUCUACGUAUGACAGUAGAUGUAGCAUCUUUUUCUUUUCUAUUCGUUAAGUCGGAGGUGGCUCGAUAUUUCGUACGAGUUUGUUCGAAGAACGAAUGCAAAAAUAUAACAAGUAUCUGUGUAAAUAUUUUCUGAAACAGUUUUCUUAGGAUCGACGAGUAGGUAGGAUAAUACGAAUCGUGAAUGUCGUUAGCCAGCCGUGCGCACCGAGUUCUCUCCGUGCUCCUCUUUCUCUUUAGUACGUUUACGGCCAGCUAAUGUGCUAAAUCGUUAACGAACAUUAAGUAUAUACCGUACUACGUUUUACGCAAGAAAAAUGACGGUCAUACAGGAGACGAAAACCCUCGCGUUUGUUCCUUAAUUUCAAUAUCGUAUCAUAUUCGUUUGUUUUUCCCAACUUUUUUUUUCUCUUUUUCCAUCUCUUAUUCUUCUCCUCGUUGUAAUCGUGAAAUCGUUAAACGAACCGCUUUCUUUCGAAGUAGCAGAUUCUUCUAUAGUUAAUCGGAAACUUUUGACCAGGUCAUGCGUUUAUCGUUUCUGUUUUUUGUUGCUACCAUCAAACACCGAGCAUACAAUCAAGUUGGGAGCAAGUUCUUUCGAUCGUCCCUACUCCUUCUGAAGUGCGGUGAAAAGUGAAUAGAGGAAAAGUAACGCAAAAUUUCUGGGGAGCGUAUUAGUUUUUCGGACGUGCAACAAUUACGAGCUAUGUAUGUGAUCGAUGUUCGAAGAAAAAGUAGAAAGUAAUCGGUGGCUAGACAAUAUACGUAUGCGUAAAGAAAAGAAUGUGCUUGCCAUUUGCAUUGGUAUCGGCUCAUGUGCCUAUCGGAAACGUGUGUUUGUAUGUUUCAGCAAGUACUGUGAUAUUGCAGAUAAUUAGAGUAAUGCGGCUUUUAAACCUAUUGGCCUUAUUUAACUUUUUUUUUACAUUGAACGAUUGAUAACAACAAAUAUAAAUAAUUAGUACUAUUAACUGUUACUGUACAGAUUCUUGAAUGGAUGUAAUGUGUUCAUUGCAUAUUUUAUGCAGCUUUUAAUCUUUAGACCACUUUUCCCUUUUUACUCGUUCUAUUUCUCUCUCUCUCUCUCUCUCUCUCUCUCUCUCUCUCUCUCUCUCUCCUGUCUCUCGUAUUUUCUUUUACUUGUUCGCCCAUUCGCUCAUUCAUUCUCAAACUCUCAUUUUCAUCUAAACUUCGAUCUUCUACCUUCUGGGUUUUACUCUGUAAUUUUAAGAAAAUAUUAUCACGUCAACUCAUCCCUCGAGAGCGUCUUACACUUUCUCAAGCGAAACCAUUUGCAAUUAAAAGUGUGGAUAACUCGCAUCGAAUCUAGAUUAAAUUAAGGGGAACGAAAGAUGAUACCUGAUUAGCGAAAAAAAUGUUUGACCGACGAGCCGAGAAUGGACUCUGACGUGUCGUUAAUAAUGUGAUUCACAUAAUCGAAAAUACAAGCGAAUAAUAUAUACUAUAUUGGAACCACGACCAAAACGAUUAAUGCUUUGUACCAAUCUGUACAUUAUGUCUAUAAAUAAAUGUAAUUUCUUGCAGAA